AUGGCCAAGCUCAUGAUGGAAACGAACGUGUUGUCGGCCGAGUCGCGGGCCGAGCCGAAACUAACUGUCGACUACCUCGUCGCGGCCAUCCAGCCCACGGCUGUCCGCGCCUGUGUCAAGGAACGUAUGAAGUUGAACGAGAACCGCGGGCCCAAGAAGGAUGCGCGCGAUAUUAAGCGCUGGCUGGCGGACUACAUCCACCGCUACGGCGAAUUUGAGGCGCUGAUGGCCACCCGCCACCGCCAUGUCCAAAAUGUUGCCAGCUGCGACCAAGACCCCCAAGGCUGGAAAGACCCCAAGGUCGUGGCUGUCGUGAUCGUCGACAAGUGCCUGCACAUUGUGUUUAAGUGCCCUAAGCUCGCUGACUGUGAAGCAAAGCUCCUGAUGGAACGUGCUCGUUCCAUCUGCCAAGUCGGCAGUGUGGUGCCCCCCACGACGCUGGCCAAACUGAAAAAGCUAGGCCGUAACGUCCUCGUGACCGAGCUCAAGAUCCCCAUUAAGGUCAAGGGUUUUGUUGGCCCCUCCCACAGCGUUACCGAGGAAGCCACGAUAGACCUGCGGUUCGAGACAGACGCAGGCCCCCUGAUGCUCACGAAUGUCAAGUGUGGUCGAGGCCGUGACGGCGGCUGUGGAUGUGAGUUUGCCGCCAAGUUGGCCGCGCUCCUCGACAAGCACGUCGACGUAUUCCAUUUGAGUCUGGGCCGCGACUCACCCGUCAAGAUGCCGCCGUUGAAGGUGCUGUAG